AAGUCUGAUCCCCAGGCCCCAUGAAGACCUUGACACCGCAAAUCGCGUGGCACAAUCGCGAGCGCGUGUGCUCGCUGGAUUGGCAACCUGAGGCUCACCCGCCGUUGGGCUCGGGCCCCGGACUGAGUCGGCGUUUGGCCACGGCCGGAGAUGAUCAUCAUGUUGUGAUCUGGGAUGUGGCCUUUGACUUGGCAGACGGAAAGCCCUCCAUUCAUUGUUUGUGCGACUUAUCUCGCCAUCAAAACUCGGUUAACGUGGUCCGAUGGUCGGGCGACGGAACCCUUCUAGCCUCAGGCGACACAGAUUCGUACAUCUACAUCUGGCAUUUCCCGGGUAAAGAUGCAGCUCCCGACAUUUUCGGUACCUUGGGCGAAUCGCCUGUGGCGGCUGAGGACGAAAAUCGCGAAAGCUGGUCGGUUCUGAAGGUGCUUCGAGGUCAUCUCCAGGAUGUGGUGGGCCUGGAUUUCUCGCCAUGUAAUCAGUACUUGAUCUCGUGUUCCACCGAUGCCACGGCCAUCAUUUUUGAUGUGAAAAAAGGCAGCAAGCUCAAAAUCCUUACCGAGCACGUGGGUUGGGUCAACGGUGUGGUUUGGGAUCCUCUGGCCAAAUUUGUGGUAUCCAUAUGCAGCGAUAGGUGCUUGCGGGUGUAUUCGACCAAAAAUUAUAAGCAAUCCGUGAAGACGUCCAAGUGCAAGUUGGCGUUAGGCGUCACGAGUAAUGAGGUCGAAGAAUCCGAUGAGAAGAAGGUCCGUCUUUUCCACGACGACACGUUCCAGUCCUUCUUCCGAAGAUUAGCCUUCAGUCCGGAUGGUGAAUUACUGGUGGUGCCAUCGGGUGUCUUGGAAGUCGAAGGUCAAGCAGAGACACCCCACUGCACCUAUGUCUUCUCGCGCACCGAUUUCUCCAAACCCGUUCUGUACUUGCCCAAUCGCGAAUAUAGUCUCGCCGUACGGUUUAACCCCUUGAAAUAUCAACUCCGUGCCAGUCCAAAACACGCCCUAAGUGAAUCAAACGGAGGUGGAAUGCCCACAGAAGGCGGCAAGGAACCUUGGGAGACGACCAAUACGCUCUUUUGUCUUCCAUAUCGCAUGAUCUACGCCGUGGCCACUAAGACUACCGUCAUGUUCUAUGAUACCCAACAGGCUCUACCCUUCGCCAGAGUCUCGAAAAUUCAUUACGUGGGCCUCACCGACCUCUCUUGGUCGCCGGAUGGAAAUGUGCUGAUGGUGUCGUCCACGGAUGGAUUUUGCUCAUUUAUCACCUUCAAAGACGGAGAGCUGGGCCAAGUCUACACCGAAGAGAAAGAAGUGAAAGAGCCCAAGGAGACUGAAAACAAAGCCGAAACCAUAGUACAACAACCGCAAGCAAUGGAAACUUAGAACAAUCGAAGGCAGUUGUCUUGACAUGCUUUUCAAUAAACGAGGAGUCAAAGGAUUAAAAUGUUGAGUUGCUAACGA